AUGACCAAGCGAAAGGCUGCCGCUGCAUCCGGUGGUUGUAGACUUACGGAUUUGUGUCCCGAAGAUCGUGAAAGGCUUGCCGAUCUUGUCAGUCACCUUUCCGACGUCCAGAAUGCGCUUGAGGCCGCGAACGAGCAGCAGUUGCUGCAGCAGUCCUCUGUUCAAGCCGCACUGGGAAGUAAAAAUGUGCCGUUGGAAACCACACGCCUGAACCCUGGCCUUGAUUUCCUACAGGGUGCCCUGAUCGAAAAUUCAUCGGCGCAAUCUCCCAUGCUGCAUGACCCGUCAGGUUCCGAACUACACCAGCUAACUUGUCAGCGGAAUACAUCAUCUCUGCCUUUGGUAACCUCACUUGAGACAGAACGCUCUACCUUUCCUCCCUGCCUAAUUAACCCUCCCAACCUGCCCUGCAGCAGUUACCGAUUGACUCAGUCUUUGAUUAGUGCCCAAAACGUCCCUCCACUUGCCGCUCCCGCCAUCAACGCGAUCCCUGCUCGACGGUGGAGUAAUGACCCAACCAGCUGUCACUCCAACAAUCACUGGGAAAUUAACGGCCGUCUUCUGGUUCCUCCAAACAUGAAAUAUGUAUGUUUCCAUUUUCCGCUUUAGUUGGUGCUGUGUACUAAAUUUAUCACGGUCUGGUAGUUGCGUGAUAGUUACGACUCAGUGGGAUAAUAUAGGAAGACAUUGGGACCUUAUUACGUCGAGACAGUAAAUGCUUUCUAACGGGCUGGGAAGUCGACCUGUGGGUGUUUUAGGGCCGCAGGCCAAAUGACCACAGGUAUUAGCUAAAUGGCUAGACACGCGCCUCGCGACUUUAUGCCACUGAAUGACGCAGUUGCGAGAGGUUCGACCCAUCAACGCUCCCCAUGCCCAUUCUGCGUCAGGUUGUCGGCAAAUCUCCUUUGCAAACCCAUCUACUGUUUCAGUGAAAAGCGCAUUCACAAGGGUCGUUCACUUUGUGAUGAAUUCCUGCUCAUAUCGUAUGUCAGGUACCUAGGCACCUGUGGACGUUUUGAUAAAGUUCCUUGCGGCUUUUGUGAUCCUGAUUGCUCCCACGGGGAUGAGAGGUAUGAACUCUGGUUGUCAACAACGGAUUUCGACUAUGUGAUUUUAUCUUUCUUCGCGCCAGUUACUGUCCAGAAAUUGAUUUGUUGCUAUCCUGCAUAUCCCUCCGCCUAUUUUGGCACCAGACAUUAAUUGAACCCUCUUCACACACACACACACACACUUUCAGGUAACCCCCACUCAGUACGAGCGCCAGCUCUCGCUACUCGAGUCUGAACUUCAGAACCUGCGUGCGAGUCUUGGUGGAUGGACACCCGGUCGGCACAGGCUCGUCGUACCCGACUGCAACAGGUCACAAGCUGAUGAACGCCAAGGUAAGGCCGAAACGCUUUUUGUCUUCUUCAAGCGUCUCUAAUUGUUGGACCGCCCUUGGUAAAGAGACCUCAACUACUCUGACUUUGAACAGGCAGGUCCUAUGAUGGGCAGAAACAUAUGUCCUCCGUCAAUGCCCCAUCGAGCCGCCUUGCAGGUGCUCUGUCAAAUCAAGCCAACGGCGUGAGUCUGCAGGCUGAAUCGGACAAAGUAUCACUUGAGACAGAGAGGCCGGCGUCAGCUGCUCCUAUAUCUAAACUGCCAGACGAAGUACGUUGUUUUGCAGACCGCUUUUUAAUAUGACUUCGUGUGUUUCGAGAAGAGCGUUGAAGACUCGGCUGUAGGCUGGGCGGGUAACUUGACCCAAAUGUUAUUAAACUCAGGUCUACCGUCGGGGCCUCGCAGCUGAGGUGGCUAGGGCGUUGACUGUACUAAGACUUUCUCCUUACUGCGUGGAUUCGAGCCCCACCGAGGUGCCGCGUCUUUCAUAUGUUUGAUCAUAAUGAAUUAUUCAAAAUCUUCCAAAACACCAAUGUAUUGGAGGUCUCUUGGUUAGUAAGUGAUGGAGGGACAGAAAAAGGUACUGCAGUGUCCACAGGCGUUGCUUUGUUGGCGAGACUUUCGUUUUGUCCCAGUCAACACCGAUGCAAAGCCUUACACCUUUCAUAUAUUUACACAUUUUACCCAGUCAAAGCUUUCCAAACGAGAUUGUCCUCGAGCAUACGUAACGCAGUCAGGCCAUCUGAGAGUUCGAUCACCGUGAUCAGCGAUGUACACCGUGUGUUCCACAGCUGGGUGAGAACAGGCAUGGUAAAUUGUGCGUGAUUCCUUUUAUAGUGAUAAUGGACUUGCGCUGCACCUAAUGCGCGCCCUCAUCCCCCGUCCGGUCAGGUGUCAGGAGAGAGUCAAGGUGACUCUCGCGGCCGGAGCCGCACCUAGGCGUGUCGUCACACCGGGUUCGGGUCCCACUAGGCGAGAGUGCCGUGAAGGCCACAUUAGGAAGGAGCCAUUGUAGCAUGGCUCUCAGGCCAAAAGUCGGCCACACAACACAACACACUGGGCCGACUGCAAGGAUCAAAUUACCCCGCCAAUUGGCAACCUUCCAAGCCAUGGCUUUUAAGGCACCGUGACAGCUACAAGCGGGUCACAUUGUUAACAUUAAUGAAAAUGCGCCAAGUCGUUGACCUCAUUCUCUAAUCCAACUCCCAGGCCCCAUCCACCAUCCGAGUCGAUUAGUUGUCAGAUUAGGGGAAUGAACGCAGUGGCUGACAUAACUGGUGACCUUGUCUGCGCGUUCCACCUGCCCCGGUUGCAUGUAGAAUUGUCGUCGCUUGUCUGGUCAAGCCAGUCUGAUUUUGCAACACACGUCCCUUUACAUACUUUCGGUCCUGGAAGGGUGCAUUCGCGCAUUUAAAACUAUCAUCAGCUAGACCUCUAGUCUUGUCACCGAAAUGGCGAAAGUUUACAUAGGUCGCGCUAACCGCGACGGCAUCUACUACGAGGCAUAUUAGUGAAACCGUGCCACCAGGCUAAACUCAACCGUCAUUGCCAACUUCAGACGCAGGAUAGGUCCGGUAUCAUCAUUAUAAUUGGUUGCGCUUGAAUGCGUAUUAACCAUGUGUUGUCGUUAUCAAUCCGCCUGAGGAAGCUUGGUUAGUCAUCUUUUACUAAAUCUUGCUCUUUUCAUCGCCUUUAGACAGCCGCGGAUGUUCUGCCGUCUGAAAAGCCAUUCGCAGUAAUGGAUAGCAAACCAGAACGACUGAACACUAUGGGACGUGCAUGUUCCGUGCCCGUUUGGGAAGUUCUGAGUGAUGAAGAGGUCGGAAGUUGCACUCUCAGAGAUUCUUGCAAACCCAAGGACCCUCCCCUUAAACUGGCCGCGAUGACCCCGCCCCCUGUAAUCCCUGCUCAGGAGUUACUCGCUAACCACUCUCCCUCUCUACCUUCCCGACAGGACUUAAAGAAACCCAAAGUCCUUAUCGAUGAGGCUGUCCAAAUGGGUGAACAGAAGUCGUCAUCCGAGAAUGCUGUGCAGACAGAUCUUGUCGUGCCAGAGAGCAGUCAGCGAAAUUCAAAUGCAGUCACAGAGGACACGGCGGCCCCAGAGGUAAACUAUCACUAGUGCACCGGCUUUCACCGGGUGCAUAUUCUGCGUUAAGUGUUACCGACGAAGACAGGUCACAUUGGGGGGACAGCAGAUUACUUUAAACUCAGGCGUCCAUGUUAGGACCGGGGCACGUCUGACUGAUGGCAGUAAACAAACCAUUAAUGGCCACCCACGAGAACUCAAGACUCGAAGCCCUAAGGCAAAAUGUAAAUGCCCACUCGCAUCCUAAUAUCGGUAUAAAUUGGUGCCAGACAGCAAUCUCAUGUGGCAUUCUGUCUGUCAUGCGUUGUUGGGAAUAGUCACUUCAAGUUUUCGUUCAAUUCUUGGAACUGACCUGUUCUAUGCACCUGCUCACGGCAACUGUAUGUCAACAGUUCUGAAGCUUCUUUAGGUACUCUUCUCAGCAUUAGUAUUCGUGAAUUUUGAAGCUGGCUUUGAAUGUUAACAGCAAGUUGGCCGUCAGUGGAAUUUCCAAAACUAUGACACAGACAAUCCAGAUGAUCGAAUUUGUUUCCAUUUAAGAAGGGUAUUCAAGUUCAAGUCAUGAAGUAGACACCCUACGUCGUCAUCAGACACUUGUACAAGGGUCUAGAAAACAUAACCCCUACUUAAUUGACGAUAGUAGACGUUUUAUGCAUUUAUAUUUUUCAUGAUUCACAUUUACCAUUCAGUCUCUCGAAACCCAAACGUCGGCUUAUGUCUCCGCCGCAACCGCUUCGACCGGGGCCCAGUCACCAUCCAUACCUGUGCCCGUGGGUACCGCCUCCAGUGACAUCAGUGCCGGUCGUAGCACCUCACCCCGCCCCUCGGACAAUGUGGAGUUGAAACGUCUCGCUGCUCAACGAGCUGCCCGACGCCUUGCUUCGUCCCCUCCGACCUCAACAUUUGCUGCGGCGUCCUCAAAGCCCAGGCGACUCCAUCUACUGUCCCGCAGAGACUCGAACAGGCAAGCGCCCAACCUCCAUUUUCGUCGUCAGGUGCAGCUUGAGUUCGGAGGACGACCACAGACUAAAACCGUACAGACGAAGUCACGCAAGACAGCUCUUUCAAGAGAACUAGAAGAAGGACUGUAUUUAAGUCGUAAGUUGCCCGUAUGUGUUCGUUUCUGCGUACGAACAGAAGAAAAUAGACGUGCCUUAUUGUUCAGACAGUAAAGUGAUGUUCGGUUGCGGAGGCACCGGUUUUAUUCAGUCGAUUUUUCAGAUGUAUGCCCUAACCAGUAAUUGGAGCGGACAGUCAAAGACUCGGCGCAGCAUUUCCAGAAUGCGCAUGCCAUUCAACCCCAUGCUUUCGGUUUUCUGGAUUACCGUCGCCCGAUGCCACUUAAUGAGCCGCAGCGAUUUACUGGACCUAACAGGAGUGUUUGACCUAAUUCAAUAGUUCCUGGCCAAAGAAGUGGAUCACACGGACGCAAACAUUCCACCAAAUGCGAAUACAUCGAUAACCAUUAGUAGCGAGAAAAAGCGGUGUCAGAAUUACCGUCCACAACUCACCGAACGCGGGACGUUCACCCCUUCGCAGUCGGUGAAAACAGCGGGACUAGGGAUUUUGUUUAGGUCAUAGUAGUUGCCGUUAGGCCGUCCAAGCAAGAAAUUAACCUUUCGAACUCAUUAUUACUGAUAAUGGUACUAUUUCUACACGCGAUCCAACUAACAAGCGGAGUUUUGUAGACUAUGGUUUACUUGACCUUAGAAAUGCUGAUGCACUCAUCUUGUAUGGGAUUGGACUAGAACCUCUUUGAGAGUUUGCUUGUAGGUGAGAUGUAUUUCUGCACAUACUGUCAAAAUAGCCUCGUAUAACUCCCCAUAUUAAAUGAUACCAUCAGGCGAAAUAUUCUGGAACUUUAAGAACCACCUGAAGCACCCUUAUUAUAGGCGCGUCUGUCAACAGUAAACGACGAAAACAUCUUUAGACGCUAGCCUGACCCUUUAGGAUCAAUGGUUGAAUCCACCCGAAGCCUGGGAUCACUUGGCGCAUGUUGCGGGGAUCAAAGGCUAAGACACGCACCGGGCGAUGCAUACGCGUUUCUUAUUCUUCUUGCCAUCCGAUCCUUUAUUUUCCAAUUUGUGAGGCGUUUUCUAAUCCUUCCCCCUCCGCCCUACAUAGAGAUACUAAACAACUGCAAACACACUAGCAGUGGCUGUCCAUCAUCCCGUCGGGCCUUCGGUGAACUGGGCAGCCUGCUUUCCGCCGAGGAAGAGGAACUAUUUAAUGAACUCUUUUUUGUUAACUAA